AACUUGGAUACGGAGGCCAUUGUGAGUCGUGUUCAUCUGAUCAUCAUGACAACACACUCCAGCAUACAUGAUGCGGUUUUGAGGGGUAAUCUCGCGCAGAGGUCGGUCGAAGAUCCUGAUAUCAAAGCUGCCCUUGCCGACGUUCGCGAGGAAGCCAACGGAGAGCCAAGACCCUGUAUUGACGCCAACAGCUCUGCAGAAGUCAAGACGGGCAAGGCGGUCACCGUGCGGGAUCUACAUAAGCUUGCACUUAUUGCACAGUCAUAUUUGAGGGACGACCGCCAGGCGAAUCGUAUUAACAACAUGAUGAAGCAAGGCAUCAUUUAAAGAUAGAGCGACCAAUCCGUACGCCGCUACCUAUGCACCCAAGAUGGCCGGAACGCAUGAAGUUUGCCGUCGCCAGCCAAGGUCGGUCGUCUCGGAAUACUCUGCCGUGCCAUCCGUACGCCGCUGCGUUGCAAUACCACCCGAGCAGUGGAAUCAGCCCAUACCAGGAGGCUUCAACGAAUACGGCUACAUUCAGAACGAAAAGGAAGGGCUGCGGCAACAUAAGAACCACGACAGCUCGAACUAUCUGAUGAACCUCUUCGAUGCCAUCUGUAGGUUGCAUAUGCCACAGUACAAACUGUUCCAAAUACCGAUCUAUAAUAUCACUUUCAAGGAGC